AUGGCCGAUAUCAAAAUAGCUCAAGAAGAAUCCCUUUCACGACAUUCAUCGCAGAAUGUCGAAGACUUUCAGGUGAUUGACCCCCAUAGUGGUGUCAAGCGAGGCCUCAAGACUCGUCAUCUGAGUAUGAUGGCUUUGGCAGGUAUCAUCGGACCUGGUUUGCUUAUUGGGUCGGGAGGCGCUCUUGCCAAUGGAGGACCGGCGGCUCUCCUCAUCGGCUUUGGUGUCAUCGGCAUCAUCGCAUUCAGCAUCAUGCAGUCCCUGGGAGAAAUGACUACUCUCUACCCCAGUGGCGGCGCUUUCACUACCUUGGCCGAUCGCUUUGUUGACCCAGCCUUUGGAACCGCUGUGGGAUGGAAUUAUUUCGUCAUUUGGGCCGCCGUACUAGCGAACGAGUAUAACGUACUCUCUUCCAUCUUCGUGUUCUGGAGCGACAAGGUACCGCUUUGGGGAUACUUCUUGAUAUUUUGGUUCGCCUUCCUCGGAUUCCAACUCCUCGGUGUGACGACUUUUGGUGAAGCGGAAUUCUGGUUAGCCCUCGCGAAGCUGCUCGGGUUGACUGCAUACUUCAUCUUUAGCAUUGUCUACGCCGCAGGCGGGCUCAUUGGUCAGAAGGGAGCUUUGGGUUUCAGAUAUUGGCACAACCCGGGCGCAUUCUCUCACGGUUUUCGUGGUGUUGCUUCCGUCUUCGUCUUCUGCUCUACCUUCUAUGCUGGUUGCGAAUCCAUUGCCGUGGCGGCCACUGAGACCAAAAAUCCAAAGGUCGCGGUCCCCCGAGCCAUUCGACAAGUCUUCUGGCGCAUCAUUUUCAUUUACAUGGGAUCCGCGUUCUUCUUUGGAUUGACCUGCCCUUCAAAUGCCGAUUCCCUGGUCGAUGGAGAGUCUCGAGCACUUAAAAGCCCCAUGACAAUCGCGAUCCAAAAUGCUGGGUGGGAAGGAGGGGUUCAUUUGAUAAAUGCGUUCAUUCUCAUCACGUGUCUCUCGGCCGUCAACAGCUCGAUCUACAUCGGAUCACGGACAGUCCUAUUCAUGGCACAGGAAAAGAAAGCCCCAAAGUUCCUCGGUUACACGGACUCUCGUGGAGUGCCUGUCUUUGCUAUCAUUUUCACCAACCUCUUCGGAGCGUUGUCCAUGAUGAAUGUCUCGACGGGUGCAGGGAAGGCAUAUGGAUAUAUUGUCAACCUGUCCGGCGUCAGUACCUUCAUUGUCUGGGGUGCCAUCUCGUUCAUACAUAUCCGAUUCCGCUCAGCUUGGUCUGCACAAGGACGAAGUGAACGCCAACUUCCUUUCAAAUCAUUCUUGUACCCUUGGAACGCAUAUUUCGGUCUAGCAGCAAACUUGUUCCUGGGCUUAGUUCAAGGUUGGACGACCUUGAGCCCUUUCAAUGCUGGCAAUUUCGUGGAUGCAUAUAUUCUCCUUCCUCUGUUUCCAAUUAUCUACUUCGGCUACAAAUUCCUGUUCAAGACAAAAUACUGGCAUCUGUAUGAAAUUGACUUGGAUGUCGGGAGGAGGAGGGAUGUCGAUGCAGCAGCGGCUGUGGAUGAAGAAAGCAGUGGAGAAGAGUAUAUAGGAGCGGUGAAGAAGCCCUUUUGGAAGCGGCUGGCAGAGAAUUUCUGA